GUGAGUUCGUCAGAGGAGAACCUGUAACAGGAAAAAAAACCCCGAGAGAAAUCCACAGAAGAAACCUCACGCUUAUCCACGCAGCGGCUCCUCAAGGAUCGCAGCCGGAGUUUGUGCAUUUUCCCGAAGCGCUCUCAUGCACGCGGACGGGCUCGUGAACGCGGAGCUCGCGCUUUUGUUGAGUUAACGUAGUUUUUUGUUUAUAUUAUCAGCGCGCACCGACAUCAAGAGAGCAGCACAGAAGUUUCCAGUCCUCUACAGGAAUGUCCCAGAAGGCGAGACCCACUUUUUAUCGACAGGAGCUCAAUAAGACCAUAUGGGAGGUUCCGGAGAGGUACCAGAGUUUAUCACCCGUGGGUUCUGGAGCGUAUGGAUCCGUAUGCUCCGCGUUUGAUUCUAAGGCAGGCCUGCGGGUCGCAGUAAAGAAACUUUCCCGGCCGUUCCAGUCCAUCAUCCACGCCAAACGCACAUACAGAGAACUGCGGCUGCUCAAACACAUGAAGCACGAGAAUGUAAUUGGUCUACUAGAUGUUUUCUCGCCUGCUACCAGUCUAGAAGAAUUCAAUGACGUGUAUCUGGUGACUCACCUGAUGGGAGCAGACCUCAACAACAUCGUCAAGUGCCAGAAGCUGACAGAUGAUCACGUCCAGUUCCUCAUUUAUCAGAUCCUGCGGGCUUUGAAGUACAUUCAUUCAGCAGACAUCAUCCACAGAGAUCUUAAACCCAGUAACCUGGCAGUAAAUGAAGACUGUGAGCUGAAGAUUUUGGACUUUGGGCUGGCGCGGCUGACCGAUGAUGAGAUGACGGGUUACGUUGCCACACGAUGGUACCGAGCUCCAGAAAUCAUGCUCAACUGGAUGCACUACAACAUGACAGUGGACAUCUGGUCGGUGGGCUGCAUCAUGGCUGAGCUCCUGACAGGACGGACCCUGUUUCCCGGCACAGAUCACAUUGAUCAGUUGAAGCUUAUCAUGAUGCUGGUCGGGACCCCAGGGCCUGAGCUCUUGAUGAAAAUCUCUUCAGAGUCUGCAAGGAACUACAUUAGUUCUCUUCCUCAUAUGCCCAAGAGGAACUUCGCAGACGUGUUUAUUGGCGCAAAUCCAUUAGCGGUGGACCUGCUGGAGAAGAUGCUGGUUCUGGACACAGAUAAGCGGAUCACUGCAUCACAGGCUCUUGCGCAUGCGUAUUUCGCUCAGUAUCACGAUCCAGAUGACGAACCUGAGGCCGAUCCGUACGACCAGAGCUUCGAGAGCCGAGACCUAGAAAUCGAGGAGUGGAAACGUCUGACAUAUGAGGAGGUGACGAGCUUCGAACCACCCGUAUUUGAUGGAGACGAGAUGGAGUCCUGAAAACUGCUGGAUCUCCAAAUUAUUCAUCCACACAGAAGGACAUUCAAGUGCCUGCCAUCAUCCAGUGUUCAGAGAAAACGCUCAUCUGUACCUUCACACACACUCAAAAAUAAGGGAUAGAAACAUCACAGAGGACACAUAUCCACGUUCCUCCACUAAAAUCAACCGAGAACAUUUAAGAUUAGAGUACUGUUGUCACAAUACUGGAAUUCGGUACCAAUCGAAUUUCCCACUAGCAUUUGAGCGCAUUCUUAAACAGUGCUGAUUUGCCAUUGUGUUUACGUGCUCAACAGAAAUGACUGUGAUUGGCCGUGAAUGUCAUCAGUUCACCGAACUGACCGCUGUUUACUGAAAGUAACCACAGAUACAGGGACACUGGAGCAUUUUAAAGUCACGUCGAUCAGCUGGUUUGUCUAUAAACUGACAUAUGAGAGAUCCGCUGAUGAAUCACAGCUUUAAAUCGUUCCAGUGUCCCUGUAUCUUCCCUCAACAGCGCUCAAAUGGUAAAUGGACGUUUUUAAAAUUUCAGUAUCGUUUGGUAUCGAAUUGCAGUAUCAUGACAACCCUAGAUUAGAGACAAACACACACACACACACACACACACACACACACACACACACACACAAUCAGUUGAAAUCUGAAAAUCGGCGUUUUAAGCUUGGCGUUUCAUGAAAUAUUCCUUCUCUGGGGAAGUAAAACCUUUACCUCUGAGCUCCGCUUGUUCCCGGCACAAAACCUAAAGGCCAGAUAAACUCCUGUACUGUCCGAAUCCUGCGUUUUAGAGAUGUAAAUACGACAGCUGUACAUAAAAUGAUGAGAAUGUGCACCGACAGGUUUAUUCGUGUUCGCAGGCAUCCUCCGCAGUGUAAUAAGCAGAAUGUAAAUGUGUCGAAUGUAGAUUUGAACACACACACACACACACACACACACACACGUGUCCUUUUUCUUGGACAAAAAACACAUCAUUUAUGCUGAUUAUGCCACCAACGCUUGAUUUGAAAUCGUUUUGGGAAGAUAUUUAGGAGAAAUAUGUGAGCGAUUGAGUGAGAAUGUUAAUGUUAUGGGCACAGAACUGCUUCAGAACAUGUCCAGGUCAUGAUUCAACUAAUAACUUGAAUAACUAAAUUAAGAUCCACAACUAUUGUAUUUAAUUUUUAUUUCUAUAGUAAUGAUUUCAUUACAGUAAGCCAAAUGUUUUCAUUGUGAUGUCAUGAAAACUGUGAUUUUAAGACUUAAAUUGUACUUUUUACCAUAAUUUUUGCACUUUUUAGACUUAAAAUGACAAAUUCUUUUAACAUAAUGAAAUAUAAGACUCAUAAUUUAUUUAAAAAUUUAAAUUAGCCAAAAGAUUUACAAUUUAUAGUUUUGUUUGAGUGUAAAACACAAUUUUUGGUUAGUUCUGCAAACUUAUGAUGACAUUUACUGUAUAUUUAAUUUUAAGAGGACCGUCAAAAUGACAAUUAACACGUUUUCAGAAAUGUUUAUUAAUUUUUAGAUGGCACAAUAUCAAUAGUUUAACUUCAGAAGAAUUAAGAAAAGCAACAUUUGGUGGAAUAACACAGAUUUUUCAGUCAAAAUAAUGGAAAAUAUUGCUUAAUCUGACCAGUCGACACCCAAAAUUGCUGCAAAUUACAAUAUUUUUAUUUACAUAAUUGGAAAGAAUUGUUAUCUGACCUUUAUAUUAUAAAAAAAUAACAUUACUCAGUUAAAAACAUAGUCUAUCCAUAUAUAUUAUACCAUAAUUUUUGCACUUCUUUAGACUUAUAUUGAUUUAAAAUGGCAAAUUCAUUUAACAUAGUAAAUUGUAAUACUCAUAAUUUAUUUAAAAAUUAAAAAUAGACAAAAAUAUAUAAACAGCAAUUGAACGAUUUACAAUUUAUAGUUUUGUUUGCGUGUAAAACACAAUUUUUGGUUAGUUAUGCAAACUUAUGAUGACAUUUAUUCUAUAUUUAAUAUUAAAAUGACAAUUGAGUUAAGAAAAGCAUUAUUUGGUGGAAUAACACAGAUUUUUCAGUCACAACAAAGGAAAAUAUUGCUUAUUCUGACCAACUGACUCCAAACAAUGCUGUAAAUUACAAUAUAUAUUUUUUUAAAUUUGGAAAGAAUUGUUAUCUGACCUUUAUAGAAUAAAAAAAAAUAACAUUACUCUGUUAAAAACACAGUAAAUCUCAAGUAAAUCCAAAUAUUUUUAUUUUUUACCAUAAUUUUGGCACUUCUUUAGACUUAUAUAAUGGCAAAUUCAGUUAACAUAAUGAAUUGUAAUACUCAUAAUUUAUUUAAAAAUUAAUAAUAGACAAAAAUAAAUAAACAGCAAUUGAACGAUUUACAAUUUAUAGUUUUGUUUGAGUGUAAAACACAAUUUUUGGUUAGUUCUGCAAACUUAAGAUGACAUUUAUUCUAUAAUUAAUAUUAAGAGGAGCAUAAAAUAACAAUGGUCAAAAUAAAACAUUUCCAGAAAUGUUAUUUUAGAUGGCACAAUAUCAAUAGUUUAACUUCAGAAGACAUUUGGUGAAACAACACAGAUUUUUUAGCCACAACAACUGAAAAUAUUCCUAUUCUGACCAAUUGACCCCCAAAAAUGCUGUAAAUUACAAUAGUUUUAUUGAAAAUUUGGAAAAAAAUGUUAUCUGACCUUCAUAGAUUAAAAGAAAUUAACAUUACUCAGUUAAAAACAUAGUAAAUCCUGAGUAAAUCCAUAUAUAUUUUUAUUUAUUUAUUUUUUCAUCAGGUUAAUUGUGAUUUGGACAUGUUUUGUCUGUUAUAAUUGGUCUGACUUUGCUUAGUUCUUCAAAAGCUGGUCCUAGAGCGUAGUUUCUCAUUCAUCAACUGGCAUGUUCAUUUAUUUAUUAUCUAUGCUUUAAAUAAAGGAUUGGGGUUUUAACAGUAAGACAGUUGCAUUAUGGUCCACGAUGAAACAGUUUACCUUCAUUUUAAUCCCCUGAAAGUUAAGCUGAGCCAAAACUCUGAACAGCCCAGACUAGAUGACUCUUCUAGAGCCGGCAUCUAACUUAUUGUAUCAUUUUUAAAGUGUUUUCUUUUUUUUUCACUGUAUAUUAUAUCUCUUAAUUUUAUUCAGCAAUAUUUUCUGUGUUGAGCAUGUAUUGUUAAAUGUGAGGGGGGUGUUGUUUUUUUUUUGUUUUGUUUUUAUGCACACAGUGGAAAAUCACUAAACGUGUCAAUCAGAAUCCAUUAAAACUGGUUUAUAUAUUUGGUUUUGUCGCAUGAGAUCCGUUUUUUUUCAUGAAUAAGAGAGAUCAUCAUACAACUGGUUUUUCUUCAGUCAUUCUUAAGUUAUGUGGUCUGUAAACUUUGAACAACCACUGCUAUACUGAAAUAAAGGCAAUUAUUUUUCACAACA